AUGGCGUUGGCGGAGGCCGGGAAGGGACUUGAGAACUUGCCCAAGGACUUGAAGGCCGCCAUAGAAGACGGUAGAAUACCUGGAUCCAUUGUGAUUCGAUACUUCGAACUCGAAAAAUCUGCUUUCAUUUCUUGGUUAAUGAAGUUCGGCGGAUUCAAGGAGCGGUUGUUGGCUGAUGAUCUCUUCUUGGCUAAAGUUGCCAUGGAAUGUGGCGUUGGAGUUUUCACCAAGACUGCUGCAGAAUAUGAGCGCCGCAAAGAGAACUUUUUGAACGAGCUAGAAAUUGUUUUUGCUGAUGUGGUGAUGGCUAUAAUUGCAGAUUUUAUGCUUGUCUACCUUCCGGCUCCUACUGUUUCUCUCCGACCACCAAUUGCAGUGAAUGCUGGAAGAAUUGCCAAGUUCUUCCACAGCUUUCCAGAUAAUGCAUUUCAGGUUGCUCUGCCCGGUAUCUCCUAUUCAUUGUUGCAGAGAUUAGGUGCAAUAGUGCGCAAUGGAGCAAAGCUAUUUGCUGUUGGGACCACUUCAUCUUUGGUUGGCACGGUUGUGACAAAUACACUGAUAAAUGCUCGAAAGGCUGUUGAUCACUCUGCUGCGGACGAGGUGGAAAAUGUUCCCGUAUUAUCAACAAGUGUUGCAUAUGGUGUCUAUAUGGCAGUAUCCAGCAAUCUUCGAUACCAGGUAUUGGCCGGUGUCAUCGAGCAACGAAUUUUAGAGCCGCUGCUGCACCAACACAAGUUAUUCUUGAGUGCAAUUUGCUUUGCCGUGCGAACAGGCAACACAUUUUUGGGUUCAUUACUGUGGGUCGACUAUGCUCGUUGGAUAGGAAUUCAAAAGGCUCAAGACGUCGAAUCAUAA